AUGUCGGGACACCCUCAACAAGGUGCCCAAUACGACGAAGGCUACGGCCAUCAGCCCGGUAACACCGAAUCUUAUUAUCAGGACGAACACGGAGGUCAACAAUAUUACGACAACAAUGCUGGCUACGAGCAAGGUCAUGGAGGCCAUCAGCAGCAAGGUGGUGAAGGGUACUAUGAUGAAUCAGGCUACUACAAUGCUGAUGCCAACAAUCCAUAUCACCAAGAGGGAGGAUAUUACGAAGGUGGCGAUCAACACCAAGGCCAAUAUCAAGAUGAAUACUACAACGACCAGUACUACGAGCAGGGUGGUGCAGCAGCUGGCGAAGCACCUCCAGAUAAGCGUCGGGGCGAUUCAGAAGAGGAUUCUGAGACUUUCAGCGACUUUACCAUGAGAUCAGAUAUGGCUCGAGCCACCGACAUGGAUUACUAUGGCCGCGGCGAUGAGAGACACAACAGCUACAACGAGAGCCAAAUGGGUGGUCGUGGUUACAGACCGCCAUCUUCGCAGGUUUCAUAUGGUGGCAACAGAUCGUCCGGAGCGUCAACGCCAAAUUACGGAAUGGACUUCAACAAUGUACUUCCGGCUGGACAACGAUCCAAGGAGCCAUAUCCCGCCUGGACCUCAGACGCUCAAAUUCCUUUAUCGAAGGAAGAGAUCGAAGAUAUCUUCCUGGAUUUGACUGCCAAAUUUGGUUUCCAACGUGACAGCAUGAGGAAUGUGUACGAUCAUUUGAUGAUUCUGCUCGAUUCGAGAGCUUCGCGUAUGACUCCAAAUCAAGCUCUCUUGUCUCUCCACGCAGAUUACAUUGGUGGUGACAAUGCCAACUACCGAAAAUGGUACUUUGCCGCUCAUCUCGAUCUUGAUGAUGCUGUAGGAUUUGCCAACAUGAAACUUGGCAAAGGAGAUCGUCGUACUCGCAAAGCCCGCAAAGCAGCCAAGGCGGCAGCACCAGAUCCCCAAAAUGAAGCCCAGACCCUGGAGCAGAUGGAGGGCGAUAACAGUCUCGAAGCUGCUGAGUACAGAUGGAAGACUCGCAUGAACCGCAUGUCUCAACAUGACCGAGUACGUCAAUUGGCCCUCUACCUCCUCUGUUGGGGUGAAGCCAACCAAGUCCGAUUUAUGCCCGAACUUCUCUGCUUCAUUUUCAAAUGUGCCGAUGACUACUUGAACUCGCCCGCUUGCCAAAACUUGGUUGAGCCGGUAGAGGAACUCACAUACCUCAACCAUGUCAUAACGCCUUUGUACCAAUACUGCAGAGAUCAAGGUUACGAAGUUCAGGAUGGUAAAUAUGUUCGCCGAGAACGUGAUCACAAUGAAAUUAUCGGAUACGAUGACUGUAAUCAACUGUUCUGGUAUCCUGAAGGUAUUGAGAGAAUCGUUAUGGAAGACAAGUCUCGUCUAGUGGAUCUCCCCCCCGCGGAACGUUAUCUCAAGCUCAAGGAUGUCAACUGGAAUAAGGUCUUCUUCAAAACGUAUCGCGAAACUCGUUCCUGGUUCCACAUGUUGGUCAACUUCAAUCGUAUCUGGGUCAUUCAUAUCAGUGCAUUCUGGUUCUUCACUGCUAAGAACUCCCCCACCCUUUUGGAAAAGAAUUACAAGCAAGAAGAGAACAAUCAACCUCCAGCCUCUGCACAAUGGUCUGCAGUCGCUUUGGGUGGUGGUGUUGCAAGUCUUAUCAUGGUUAUAGCUACAAUUUGCGAAUGGUCCUACGUUCCUCGUCGUUGGGCAGGUGCUCAACAUUUGACCAAGAAGCUGUUGUUCCUUCUCGCUGUUCUCGCUCUCAAUGUCGCUCCCAGUGUUUACAUCUUCAUCGUUCCCAACACACAAAAGACGAAGAUUGCUUUGAUCCUGGGUAUUGUCCAAUUCUUCAUCGCUCUGAUUACCUACUUCUUCUUCUCGAUAAUGCCGAUGGGAGGAUUGUUUGGUAGUUACUUGACCAGAAACUCUCGACAAUACGUUGCCAGUCAAACUUUCACUGCGAGUUAUCCUCGUCUGACAGGCAACGACAUGUGGAUGUCUUACGGCCUUUGGAUCACGGUCUUCGGAGCCAAACUUGCUGAAUCUUACGUCUUUUUGACUCUAUCCUUCCGUGAUCCUAUCAGAUACUUGGCUAGUAUGGAAAUUUCCUACUGUGCCGGUGAUGCUAUUUUCGGCGACAUUCUCUGCAAAUUGCAGCCCAAAAUUCUCCUUGGUAUCAUGUUCGUUACUGAUCUUACGUUGUUCUUCUUGGAUACUUUCAUGUGGUACAUUAUUAUGAACACUAUCUACUCAGUGGCUCGGUCCUUCUACCUUGGUGUCUCUAUCUGGACACCAUGGAGAAACAUCUUCUCGCGUCUGCCAAAGCGUAUCUACUCCAAGGUUCUCGCCACCACUGACAUGGAGAUCAAGUACAAGCCAAAGGUUCUCAUUUCUCAGAUUUGGAACGCCAUCGUUAUUUCCAUGUACAGAGAGCAUCUCCUUGCUAUCGACCACGUCCAAAAGCUUCUCUACCACCAAGUGCCAUCUGAACAAGAAGGCAAGAGAACUCUUCGAGCCCCAACUUUCUUCGUCUCACAAGAAGAUCAUUCUUUCAAAACGGAAUUCUUCCCAAGUCAGAGUGAAGCCGAGCGUCGUAUCUCUUUCUUCGCCCAAUCUUUGUCCACUCCUAUCCCGGAGCCACUCCCAGUCGAUAACAUGCCAACCUUUACUGUUAUGAUUCCUCAUUACGGAGAGAAGAUCUUGUUCUCGCUGCGUGAGAUUAUUCGUGAAGACGAGCCAUACUCCCGUGUUACUAUGCUUGAGUACUUGAAGCAAUUGCACCCUCACGAGUGGGACUGCUUCGUUAAGGAUACUAAGAUUCUUGCCGACGAGACUUCUCAAUUCAAUGGCGAUUACGAUAAGGAGGAGAAGAACACUGCCAAGAGCAAGAUCGAUGACCUUCCGUUCUACUGCAUUGGUUUCAAAUCGGCCGCUCCCGAGUACACUCUCCGCACACGUAUCUGGGCUUCUUUGAGAGCACAAACUCUUUACCGUACAAUCUCUGGUUUCAUGAACUAUAGCCGUGCCAUCAAGCUUCUCUACCGUGUAGAGAACCCUGAGGUUGUUCAAAUGUUCGGUGGCAACUCUGACAAGCUCGAGCGCGAACUUGAGCGUAUGGCUCGCCGCAAGUUCAAGCUUUGUGUUUCUAUGCAACGUUACGCCAAAUUCAAGAAAGAGGAGAUGGAAAACACCGAAUUUCUUCUCCGUGCCUACCCUGAUCUUCAAAUCGCUUACUUAGAUGAAGAAGCUCCUCUUGCCGAAGGUGAAGAGCCACGUCUCUACUCCGCUCUCAUUGAUGGUCACUCUGAAAUCAUGGAAAAUGGAAUGCGCAGACCCAAGUUCCGUAUUCAACUUUCUGGUAACCCAAUUUUGGGUGAUGGAAAAUCCGACAACCAAAACCAUGCCAUCAUCUUCUAUCGUGGUGAGUACAUUCAACUCAUUGAUGCCAAUCAAGACAACUAUUUGGAAGAGUGCUUGAAGAUUCGUAGCGUUUUGGCCGAGUUUGAGGAAAUGACGACUGAAAACGUCUCUCCCUACACUCCUGGUAUUUCCAAUCCUAAGGUCGCCCCUGUUGCUAUUCUCGGUGCUCGUGAAUAUAUUUUCUCUGAGAACAUUGGUGUUUUGGGAGAUAUCGCUGCCGGAAAGGAACAAACAUUCGGUACACUCUUCGCACGUACUCUUGCUACCAUCGGUGGUAAGCUCCAUUAUGGACAUCCUGAUUUCUUGAACGGUAUUUUCAUGACUACCAGAGGUGGUGUUUCCAAAGCUCAAAAAGGUCUUCAUCUCAACGAGGAUAUUUACGCUGGUAUGACCGCACUUCUUCGUGGAGGUCGUAUCAAGCAUUGCGAGUACUAUCAAUGCGGUAAAGGUCGUGAUCUUGGUUUUGGCUCGAUUCUCAACUUCACUACAAAGAUUGGAACUGGUAUGGGUGAACAAAUGUUGUCAAGAGAGUACUAUUACCUCGGUACUCAACUGCCCAUCGAUCGUUUCUUGUCCUUCUACUACGCCCAUCCUGGUUUCCAUUUGAACAACAUGUUUAUUAUGUUGUCUGUCAACCUGUUCAUGAUCUGCUUAAUCAAUUUGGGAGCCCUUAAGAACCAGGUCAUUGAGUGUAAUUACAACGUCAACGUCCCCAUCACCGAUGCGCUCUUCCCAACCGGUUGUGCAAACAUCGUUCCUAUUACCAACUGGGUAUAUCGUUGCGUUAUCUCUAUUUUCAUUGUGUUCUUCAUUUCCUUCGUGCCCUUGACGGUUCAGGAAUUGACAGAACGUGGUUUCUGGCGUGCGGCUACUCGUCUCGGAAAGCAAUUCUGCUCCUUGUCACCCUUCUUCGAAGUUUUCGUCUGUCAAAUUUAUGCCAACGCUGUCCAACAAGAUCUUUCUUUCGGUGGUGCCAGGUAUAUCGGAACUGGUCGUGGUUUCGCCACUGCUCGUAUCCCCUUCGGUAUUCUCUUCUCUCGAUUUGCUGGUCCUUCGAUUUAUCUCGGAGCUAGAUUACUGAUGAUGUUGUUGUUCGCAACCAUCACCGUCUGGCAAGCUGCGUUGGUCUACUUCUGGGUUACUCUCCUUGCUUUGUGUAUUUCACCAUUCUUGUACAACCCUCAUCAAUUUGCCUGGAACGAUUUCUUCAUUGAUUACAGAGACUAUUUGAGAUGGUUGUCUCGCGGAAACUCUCGCUCCCAUGCAUCAAGUUGGAUUGCUUUCUGUCGUCUCUCGCGUACCAGAAUCACAGGUUACAAACGCAAGAUUCUCGGAGACCCAUCGGCCAAGAUGUCUGGGGAUACUGCUCGUGCCUCUUUCUCCAACCUUUUCUUCGGUGAAAUUGUUGGACCGCUCAUGAUUGUCGCUCUCACCUUGAUUCCAUAUCUCUUCAUCAACGCUCAAACAGGUGUCAUCCCAGAGAACAAUAAUGGCACCCAGACCAAAGCCACAGCGGGCUUGAUUCGUGUGGCAAUUGUAGCCGGUGCUCCUAUUGCAGUCAACGCUGGUGUAUUGGGUGCAAUGUUUGGUAUGGCUUGUUGUAUGGGACCCCUCCUUGGCAUGUGCUGCAAGAAAUUCGGAUCAGUUCUCGCCGCUAUUGCACACGCUCUCGCCGUCGUCUUCUGCCUAGUAUUCUUCGAGGUCAUGUUCUUCUUGGAAGGAUUUAACUUCGCCAAGACUUUGUUGGGAAUGAUUGCCUCGGCCGCCAUUCAAAGAUUUAUCUACAAGCUCAUUAUCAGUUUGACAUUGACCAGAGAAUUGAAGACCGAUACAUCCAACAUCGCCUUCUGGACUGGUAAAUGGUAUUCCAUGGGUUGGCAUUCAAUUUCCCAACCUGGUCGUGAAUUCCUUUGCAAGAUCACUGAGCUUGGAAUGUUUGCUGGUGACUUCGUUCUUGGUCAUCUCAUUCUCUUCAUCAUGCUUCCUGUCAUCGCCAUUCCUCAGGUUGACAAGCUUCAUUCUGUGAUGCUCUUCUGGCUUCGUCCAAGUCGACAAAUUCGUCCUCCAAUUUACUCGUUGAAGCAAUCCAAGCUACGAAAGAGACGUGUUUGGAGAUACGCUGUCAUCUACUUCGUUUUGUUCAUCGUAUUCCUUGCCUUGUUGAUCGGUCCACUUAUUGCCGGCAAGAUGAUUCUGUCCGAUAGCUUGACCAGUAAGAUUCCAUUUAAUCUUUACCAACCUACCGGCCAAAAUAACAACGACACUCGGGGCUACAACAAGACCGGUACCGGCUGCGUGACUUGCUCUGGUGCUAGUGCCACAGCGAGUGCCUCUAGCACAGCAGCUGCCAAGGUUAGGCUCUUUUAG